AUGAAGCCGCUACUCUGUGCUCUCUUCAUGGUGAGUUCCCUAUACUUGUGCUAUGUCUUCCUAUUUGGCGAGCUGGCUAGUCAGAAUGGUCUCAAGGACAUAAAUUUUAGUGUAGACGGGAAAAACAGCUGGUCAUAUGGCACAGCAGGGAGUACUGGUCACAGGUCUAAGCAGGAGGACAGAGUGCUGGUUGUUUCAAGCCAUGCCGACUUUGGUGUUUUUGGGGUGUUUGACGGCCACGGCAGUUCAGGGGCCAGUGACUUUGCAGCUAACACAUUCUACCCCGUGUUCUCCAGACGCAUCGCAGAAGGCCAGAGACUUGGCGAGGCUUUACAAAUGGCAAUCGAGGACGUGGAGAACAUGUUCAUGGAGAAGGCUCACAAGCAAGCAUGGUACUCCGGCUCCACAGCAUGCAUUGCAGUGGUCACUCCACAAGUGGCGAUAGUGGGAAGCGUGGGCGACUCGAGAGCUCUGGUUUGUGUGGCACGGAAAAACUCAACAACGAAUUUGAUAGAAAUGGACAGCACUCAGCUCAGCAAAGAUCACCACCCGGAGUUGGCAGAGGAGAGGCGUCGGAUCGAGGCUGCCGGAGGCUUUGUCGAGUUUGGAGGAGUGAAUGGAGAGCUAGCAGUGUCUCGGGUGAUUGGAGACAUGGAAUUCAAAGCUUUUGGCGUGAGUGCACAAGCAAAUGUUGUGGAGUACAGGAUUGAGAACAGUAAUGAAGAGUUUCUGGUGCUUGCUUCGGACGGGAUCUUCCAGAGGAUGUCGAACCAGGACGUGUGGGAUCAUGAAUCGAGGAGUGGACUUUCUCAGGUGGCUGCUGUGAUGAUCGUGGAGGACGCACUUGAAAGUGGGAGCAGUGACAAUCUCUCGGUCAUUGUUGUUCCUCUUGUGGGAGAGAGAUAA